AUGGCCAACACCUACUUUGACGUUUCGAUCGGCGGCGCUCCUGCUGAGCGCAUCGUCUUCAAAUUAUACGACGAUGUCGUGCCUAAGACGACCGACAAUUUCCGCAAGCUCUGCCAGGGUUUGGACAUCAACGGCCAGCCCUCUGCUCAGGGUUACGGCUACGCUGGUUCCAAGUUCCAUCGUAUCAUCCCCCAAUUCAUGCUUCAAGGAGGCGACUUCACCCGCCACAACGGUACUGGGGGUGUCUCGAUCUACGGCGAGAAGUUCAAGGAUGAGAACUUCCAGCUGAAGCACACCAAACCCUUUCUUCUCUCGAUGGCCAACGCUGGCCCAAACACCAAUGGCUCCCAGUUCUUCAUCACCACCGUCGUCACCAGCUGGCUCGAUGGCAAGCACGUCGUCUUCGGCGAGGUCGUCACCGGCACGGACGUCGUCAAAAAGGUCGAAGCCGUCGGCACAUCGAGCGGGGCCCCCACGAAGACUGUCACCAUCGUUGCCUCUGGCAUUGUUGAAUAA